AUGUAUCCAAUCCGCCAUCUCAUUGACCCGCCCACCAGUAAUCCUCCUCCUCGUGGCCAGCCCCAACCACCGGUAGUUGGAAUUGACCCCAACGCCUCUUUAUUUACUCCACCCGUCCUCCCACACUCGACAUCAGCCGCCGGUCCUCUCACCGGCACGGCCCCGGCCUCGGCUCCGGCUGCAUCACCCUCUCCGGCCUCAUUUUCACAUCCGUCCAGCUCGAUCAAUGCCAACACCACCUCCCAGCCGCCACAACAACAACAACAACUACAACAACAACUACAACAACAACAACAACAACAACCGCCACAGCCACAGCUCCCGACAUCGCUUUACCAGUGCGCUCAUUGCUUGCGUCGGUAUUCUCGGCCCGAGCAUCUCCAGAGACAUAUAGCAACCCAUACUCUCGGGAAGCGCUUCGUCUGCGAUAUUUGCUCCAAAGCCUUCACCCGGGCAGACCUCCUCAAACGUCAUCGCACCAACCAUCAAGAUGACAACAGCAACAAACGUAAACGCCUCAGCUCCGCGGCUCCUGGUGCCGGCCGCGUUGCACAUGCUUGUCAGGCAUGUGCCAAGGCUAGAGUCAAGUGUGAAGAGAUGAAACCGCAAGUGCCCCUGAUGAUGCAUCACGUCUUCACUCCUGAGCUCACACUAACUCUUAUCAGAUGCACAAGAUGUAAGAACCGUGGCAUAACGUGUGAGGUAGCAUCCUCAGAGGAUGCCGCGAUGCACCUGCUACAUCUCUCCGCAAACGCCCAUGGUUUUGAGUCCCAUCCACCACCGGACACGUCUCCGAGCGCUUCAUCGCAAUACCCUCAACCAAUAAGUGCCGUUGAGCCUGAAUUCCAACAGCCAACUUUCAACCCAGCACUGAAAAGCUUUGCGUCGUCUUCUCGAUAUCAGCAGCCCAGCCUUGCUAGCAACUCCCUCACGCCAGAUGAUCGGCAGUUCAAAGAAGAAUCACAGUUGCCAACGCCUGAAACACUAAUGGACCAGAACAACCCAGACAACCUCAAUCGCCCUCAGGCUACCUAUCAGAACCAGGGCCUGGCUACGGUGGAGCAAGACUUGGAAAAAGCACCAUUCUCAGAAUUUCUACGUGAUGUUCUGUACGACCAGUCGUUUGGAAAUUCAGCCAGAAUGGCUGAGGCACAAGGACUGGCUGUUUUGGACUUUUGCGAUGAUGUCAACCUGAACUUUCGAGAAUUCGACUUUGGUCUUCUCGAGAAUUGGAACCCUGAUGCCACCCAGCACGUACCUGACUCGACUACUCAAGUGGACAAUUCGGCAGAGGUUGCGGCCAUGCGAUCGACACUCGUCAAGAUCUGGACCGAAUCACCCUGGCGUUGGGUUCCGAAAAGGACCGAUACGGGCUACAACGAGCAGUCUAACCUUCCACUGCUCUCCCGGGAUGUACAUGGAUCUAAAGCCCUCAAGCCUGAUCGAGUGGUAAAGGACACUCUGCAUAGCUCCAACCGGGACAAGAUCUUGGCCAUCGUUCUGAGCACAUGCAGGGAAAAUAGCAUGAUAAAUCGCGUGGCUUCAUCGUUUCCCUCGGCCGAGAUGAUGGAUACCUGGAUUCAUGUCUUUUUGGCUGCACACAUGUGCCAAGUCUCAUCAUGGAUUCACUAUGGCUCGUUUUCCAUGAACCACCAAUCUCCAGAGUGGCUCGCCAUAGCCACCGCUGCUGGUGCCGUUCUUGCCCCGGUCACUACCCUAAGAAGAUUCGGUUUCGCGCUACAAGAAGCCGUUCGUAUCUCCAUUCCAGGCAGAUUUGAAGAAAACAACACCAACAUCGGCCUCCUCGGCCCAGUCCAAGCUCUGAUGCUAGUGCAAGACGUCGGCCUCUGGAGCGGCAACCGUCGGAAAAUGGAAAUCGCAGAAUGUCAUCUCUCGGUUCCCAUGGCCAUGAUGCGCUACAGAGGAAAAUUCACCAAAACCGCCUACCCAGACGUCAUCAUCCACCCCUCCGACGAGGGCAAAGUCGUCGAAGAAAAAUGGAAAAAAUGGUACCAACUCGAAUCAUGGAAACGUCUCGUCUUCCACGCUUACCUCCGAGAUGCCCAGGUGUCCAUGACACAAUUCAACAACCCCUCCAUGUCCUACGCCGAGCUCACCCUCCCUUUACCCUGCUCGAAAGAUCUCUGGUUUGCACGCACAGCAGAGGAGUUCAAAAUCCGGUGUCUCGAAUCUCGGACCAACAGUGAGGGCAACAAACGCCCUCCAUCGCUAGGCGAUUUAUUCAAGGACAUCAACCUCCUCGCCACGAACCACCACCUCCUCGACGUGCAAUACGCCAUAAGUAUCUACCUCCACGGAUUCUGGUCCCUAAUAUGGGAGUACCGCCAGCUCAAAUCCAUCCUUUCCUCCUCCCCUUUACCCACUACUGACCCCUCGCUCUCCCCCGACAUGCUCCUCACCCAACGCCACGGCGAACUCCGCCGUCAACUCUCCCUCUUCCAAUCCGUCACCCGCGGCUGGCACGAGAUGUUGUCUGCCCAAGAAUCCAUGAUUCUCCACCUCCUCCAAAUGAACCUCCACGUUUCACUAAUCGACCUCCAACUGUUGACCGGCAAAGAAGGGGAAGACCAAGCAAGAAGGGUCUACCCCCUUUUGCAGAAAUGGUGUCUCGAAUCGAGCGACAGCCGCCAGGCGUUGUACCAUGCCGGCCAGAUCUUCCGAUGGGGGAGGAAUUUCCCCAAGGGACAUCUAAAGGACUUUUGGGCGAUUGCGGUGCACCAUGCUGCGCUUUGUUUGUGGACUUAUGGGAUCAUUAUCAGGGCGUCAGGGAGGAGGAAAGGUGGGGGGAUGGGGGCACCGUUGGUGAUUGAUGGGGAGGGGGUGGAAGGGGCGGGGUUGGAGGAGUGGUUGGUUUAA